CCUUUUCACGACGAAUUCCUUCCAGGCGAUUUGUUAUCGGAGUGAUGUUCGAGUCAUUUUCUUGUGAUCGUUGCGCUCUUACGUAAACGGUUUUCUCCUGCUCCCGGACAUCAAAACGUGAGAUUUCUAUCGCGAUCAUUCUUAUUUAUUGGUCAAUACCAUCUCCAUUACCAUGGCGACCAGUCCCUGUGUGGUUGUUCUCAGUGAUGCUACGUUCCGGCUCGAGCAGCAGAAUGACGCUGAUGCAGCCUGGGGGCUGAUCGACGCGUGUGAGGAGACGGAGCUAGACUUGUGGGGUGGAGAGAUCGACGCCGAUAGUCAGGGCACAGCAGCCACAACAUCGACUCGGGUUCUUGGCCCAGAGGACCUGGGGUCCUUCUUUUCAUGCUUCUUUCUCGCGUAUCUGUGGCUCGAUGGGGGAUCCUUUGCAGCCGAGCGGGAAGAGGGUGUGCGAAGAGCGGAACUUUUGACAGAACGCAUACGCUGGAGAAUAAUGCAACACGCGCCACCCCCUGUCAUUGGCAGUCAGAAAUCGGCUGCGUCGUCAUCGAUACCAAACAAUAUGGAUAGAGUGGUAUUGCCUAAUACCUCCGUUGAUCAACGAGUCAAUCCGCACAAAAAUAUCUGUACCGCUUUCAGUAUUUAUUGUUCUAGUAUCAUGUCCUCGUGUGGUCGUAUUUACUAUCAAGCACUACUAUCUUCACUUGGCAGAUGUAAGAAUAGAUCUUUCUAGAAACACUGUUAGAUUUAGAUACAUGAACAGGUAGAGCGAGGAGUUACAGCUUUGGCGGCGCGUAGACGACAUGACUACCCUGACUAUAUUGCGCGGGUGCUAGCCUUCCUUUCGCCGCUUGAGAGUCACGGAGGUUCUGCGUCUUCCUCGAGCACCGUAGAUUCAGCAGCACCGGCGGCGAUGCUUGCAUUAGCAAAAAGGAUACACAGUCUUGUAAGUAGGAGAAUCGAGAAGCGCAUAUGCCUAGCGCUAGCGGACCUUUACCCGAAUUGGGAGAGGGAUAUCGAGACUUCAAUAGUGAAAGAACCGACUACGCCCGCGCAGAUACGUGCCUUGCUUACUGUCGCGAAGGGACGGGGGCUACUACAGCGUGGUCAUGUAAACGGCGCUCAGGCGGGGCAUGGUCGUUCUACGUCUAUGAAUCUACCUGCGAGUGCAGAAGCGAGCAUGGCGCAGCUACAAAAAAUUUUAUCCUUUGUACAGGCAAACGAGCCGUUCCUGGCAGCAUCACUUCUCUUGGAAGAAAAUAUAACGCCUCCAAUGCAUUAAUAACCCACUUCCGCAUAGACAUGCUUCUACUUAAUUACAUAAACUAAAAAACUCUGCGAAGCAGAAGUACUAUCGCGAAGGCAUCUAAGCAAGGCCAUCACUCUACGCGGCCCAGUCACUGUCACAUAAGGCUCAACAAGAAUCAUGUGUCACCCUCUGGCCGUUUACACGCUGCUGCUUCUGAGAAGCGGCUCAAGAUCAAUAUCUUGCUUGUUUUGUUCACAUUUCUAUUGCAGACAGAACGGAAAUACGAUUACUCACAGAAU